AUGACAGACUGGGUCUGUAGUGAUGCAGUGCCUUAGAUUGCUGCACCACUCUAGAGGCCCUAAAUUGACCGUUUUUUAUGGGGAUUUUUGAUUACGCUAAAUAGAUUUCCGCGCGGGCGCGGACAUCGACCUUUUCAAGAAAACACAUUGUAGGCGGGGUUUAUGACUUUGUGGCUGGGGUAACUACUGACAACCUCCAGCUGCGUUUGCCGCUGCUGUGACUGUCCUGCCUGGCCGCCCGGUGUCUGAUACGCUGCUCCCCUGCUCCUUCCCUGGAUCCAAAGCUCGCCUCGGCUACCGAACUCCCAGUGAAUGCACUAGUCAACCACCAUGACAGGCAUCGCCGCCGCGUCUUUCUUCUCCAACUCCUGCAGGUUCGGGGGCUGUGGGCUCCAGUUCGAGUCUCUGGCCGAGCUCAUCGUCCAUAUCGAGGACAAUCACAUCGACACAGAUCCUCGUGUUCUGGAGAAACAGGAGCAACAACAGCCCACUUACCUGGCCCUGAGCUACAUCAACAGGUUCAUGACGGAAGCGGCGCGCCGGGAGCAGGAGACCCUGAAGAAGCGGGCCACGCCCAAACUUUCCCUGUCAAUUACAGGGGGUGUGUCUCGAAACAGCGUGGCCACGCCUCCACGCCACAGCAACGGCAACCUGACUCCUCCCGUGACUCCACCCAUCACACCCUCCUCCUCCUUCCGUAGCAGCACACCCACAGGCAGUGAGUAUGAUGAUGAGGAGGUGGAUUAUGAGGAGUCAGACAGUGAUGAGUCCUGGACCACGGAGAGUGCCAUCAGCUCGGAGUCUAUCCUCAGUUCCAUGUGUAUGAAUGGAGGGGAGGAGAAACCCUUCGCCUGCCCUGUGCCUGGCUGCAAGAAGAGAUACAAGAAUGUGAACGGUAUUAAAUACCAUGCCAAGAACGGCCACCGGACACAGAUCCGUGUGCGGAAGCCCUUCAAGUGCCGCUGUGGGAAGAGCUACAAGACGUCCCAGGGCCUGAGACACCACACCAUCAACUUCCACCCGCCCGUCUCCGCCGACAUCAUCCGCAAGAUGCAGGGCUAGAGAAGAUCAUCGUGACAACCCCUGGUCACACCCCACCAUGUAUACCCCCCCAAACCCUAUUCCUCACCAGCACUACCCACCCAACCACUCUAAACCUUUUCAAUUGUCAAUAUCCACCUCACCUCUCCCAACCACAUAUCCCUAUCCCUUCUGGCCCAACAUAGAGGUGACAACCCAAACUCCUAUCCUUUCUGGCCUAAUCUUAGGGGUGACAACCCAAACCCCUAUCCCUUCUGGCCCAGUCUUAGGGGUGACAACCCAAACCCCUAUCCCUUCUGGCCCAGUCUUAGGGGUGACAACCCAAACCCCUAUCCCUUCUGGCCCAAUCUUAGGGGUGACAACCCAAACCCCUAUCCCUUCUGGCCCAACAUAGAGGUGACAACCCAAACUCCUAUCCUUUCUGGCCUAAUCUUAGGGGUGACAACCCAAACCCCUAUCCCUUCUGGCCCAGUCUUAGGGGUGACAACCCAAACCCCUAUCCCUUCUGGCCCAAUCUUAGGGGUGACAACCCAAACCCCUAUCCCUUCUGGCCCAGUAAUAUAAUAAUAAUAUAGGGGUGACAACCCAAACCCCUAUCCCUUCUGGCCCAGUCUUAGGGGUGACAACCCAAACCCCUAUCCCUUCUGGCCCAAUCUUAGGGGUGACAACCCAAACCCCUAUCCCUUCUGGCCCAAUCUUAGGGGUGACAACCCAAACCCCUAUCCCUUCUGGCCCAAUCUUAGGGGUGACAACCCUUAUCCCCUCUGGCCUAAUCUUAGGGAUGACAAAACCUAUCCCCUCUGGCCCAAUCUUAGGGGUGACAACCCAAACCCCUAUCUUAGGGGUGACAACCCAAACCCCUAUCCCCUCUGGCCCAAUCUUAGGGGUGACAACCCAAACCCCUAUCCCCUCUGGGCUAAUCUUAGGGGUGACAACCCAAACCCCUAUCCCUUCCUGCCACACACUAAAGGAUCUAGUGCAUGCUUUAAGUUGUUUAGACUUUGUCUUGUAUUAUGUUGUAUGGUUUUGACAUGCUAUCUCUAUAGGCUUAGUUUUGUUGUUGUACAUUUGCACAUUCUCAUGCUAUCACAACAUUUGUCCUUACUUUUUGUAUUGACAUACGGUGCUAACUGUAAAAAAAAAAAAUUAAAAAGGGGAGUAAUGUGAGAGAAGGAUGAGGGCAAGAGGAGGAAGGAGUGGAUGGAUGGAGUUGUUUAACAGUCUAUAUAUAGAUAUAUAAACAAUAGAUGUGUGUGUAUAUACAAAUAUAUAAGUAUUCAUGACCAUAUACAAAAUAGUUGCUUUAUUUUAUACUUUAUUUUUCAAUAUAUUUUCCAGAUAUUUUAUCGAUAAGUGUGUUUCAUUCCUCAACCCCCUGAGACAAUCUGUUCUGUGGUGUCAUAGUUCAAAGUUGAAACAGCUAGGUGACCUCAGGUCUAGAUAUUCCCAGCAGCAAAAAACAAACUGACUAGGGCUUGAAUCCUAACUUCAGAUCUGUGUACAAAAAAAAAUGGUUUCUCCUAUUGCUAUUUAAUGCACGAUUUGCGCUGAAGUUACAUGCAGAUUUCAUGUUAUCAUUUGGCCCAUAUAGAGAAACAGAGAAAGUAUUGAAUCUCUUCAUUCCCACUGUUAUAGGACUGAUCCCCAAUGAUUCCGGAAUGUAUUGUCCAUCCUGUAUUCUAGAAGGUUAUUCCAGACUAGUGUGAGCAGACCAGUUGAGGCAUCAUACUGUAUUCUAGAAGGUUAUUCCAGACUAGUGUGAGCAGACCAGUUGAGGCAUCAUACUGUAUUCUAGAAGGUUAUUUCAGACCAGUUGAGGCAUCAUACUGUAUUCUAGAAGGUUAUUUCAGACCAGUUGAGGCAUCAUACUGUAUUCUAGAAGUUUAUUCCAGACUAGUGUGAGCAGACCAGUUGAGGCAUCAUGCUCUAUUCUAUUCCAUUUGCCAAGUAUUGUUUCUGGUUUCUUUUCCAUGAUCAUUGCCAACAGCUCUCUACUGCCAAACAUUGACAUUACCAUGUGCCUGAGGGGGGAGAGAGACUGUCAUAAGGUUUCAUCUUAGAGACUCACAAAAGUGUCAAGGGAAUACUGUCUCAUUGCGCCUCAAGUGUGACUGUGUGUGCAUGCUUUUGUCUUAAAGUAUGUGUGUGUAUCGAGAGAUUACACCUACAACCUUUGAUUGCCUUGCAUUGUAGACCACAGCAUUCCAGUAGUCAGUGUGAGUUGCUUCUUAGGAGAGUCUUUCUGCAGUAUCUGAGCUUCUAGUGUUAUUCUUCCUUCUCUGCUAGUCCUCUAUAGUGUUACAAUUUAUGGCUGAGGCUCAAAUGUCAGUGCCAGGUCACUGGGCGAGUCCCAAAUUGCACCCUAUUCCUAUGGGCCCUGGUCAAAAGUAGUGCGCAAUAGAGUGCCAUACCAAGGCCAUUGCUCCUGUAGAGCAGGAGAGUGGUGGACAUGUGAUCCAGUUGGGAUAUCAUGCUUUCAGAGUACAGCGGAGUGGUGGAAUGUCAGUGGUGCCAUUUUAUCAAAACAUUUCUAACCUGUCAUUCAGUUGUGUGAUGGUCCCCCACCACACACGGGUGUGGCAAAGUGCCGUUAAGGUCAGGGCCCGUAUUCACAAAGCAUUUCAGAGUAGGAAUGCUGAUCAGAUUUUCCUUUUAAAAUCGUAGGAGGGGGGGACCUGAUCCUAGAACAGUACUACUACUCUGAGGUGCGUUGAACACAGGCCCAGGAUACAAGACAGAACGAAAAUGGCAGUGAAAGAGGAAGGUAACAUCGUUGGGGUAGUGUUUUUGUGUGGCGUUCCGGACUCUGUGCCGGGUUUUCUGUACUUGGAAGCCUUGGCUCCGUAGCAGCUUUCUGGCAAGGGAUCGGAGACGCAGGUCGCCAUGGUUACACUUUAACAGGGCGACGGGAGGAUUACAUUAGCCGUGUGUGUAUGAGGGGGACUAUUUCGAUAUACUGUGUACAGUGAAUGUAUUGUAAUGUGUGUCUUAAGUGCUUUUAAAUGAUAUUUUCAUAUGUUUCCUAUUUGUGCAGAGGUUAUGAGUAGGGAGACCUGUGUACUAUGUCAAACUGUCUUUAUAUACAAGAAGCUGCUUCAUAAAUGUAAAACGCUGUUACAUUAAAAAAACUCUGGAGCCCAGAA